CUCACAAGUCACACACAUACAAGAAAGUUUGGUAGGAGAAAAGAGAAAGUAAAGAGAAAUGGAGAGAUCAAGAGAAGGGGUUUCUUCUUCAUCCACAGGAGAAUCAACCUUUCUCCCUCUCCAAAAUCCCAACAUUUCCAGCAAUUCACCUCGAUGGCCGACAAUUGACGGAGCACUUGGGCUUUCAGAGGAAGAAUCAGUGAUUUAUGCUCGUCGAUUUUACAAGUUUGGAUUUUUACUUCUUCCUUGGCUUUGGGCUCUUAAUUGCUUCUACUUUUGGCCUGUUCUUCGUCACUCUUCCUCUUUUCCUUCUUUUCGUCGCUAUGUUGUUGGAUCUGCUGUAGGAUUCUCAAUUGCCACAAUCCUACUGUCUUCAUGGGCGUUAACAUUUUCAAUUGGAGGAGAACGCCUUUUUGGGCCAGUUUGGAAUCAACUUGUAAUGUACAAUGUUGCUGAUCAGUUAGGUUUAGCAGGUUGGAUGUAGAUAUCAUAUAUCUCUCAAAAUUUCUUUCGUCACAGCAGAAAUGCAGAGUAGCAGAUGCUGUUUUCGGUGCUUGAUAUUCGAAAGUCCCUUCCAUUCUUUGUGACCCAAGACGAUGUUAAUAUUCUGUAUUGACUUCUUUGUAAUUUGUGUAUUGUACUAGCUGAGUAUUAGUAAUAUGAGGUGUUCAAAUUUCAUGGAUUAUAACCAUA